UGAAAAGGUGUAAAAGUUACAGAAUCAAAAAAUAGAAAUGAAACUGCAUUUGGUAUGCUUUGUUUACGUAAUCUUGGGCGUCCAUGGUACGAAUUCAAGUGAAAAAACUAGUGACGCAGUGUUAAGCUCCUGUUCAAACAUGCUUCAAUAUCAGCGUGAUGGUAACGAGUGGUUCGGAUUAGUACAAGUGCAGAGCCCCAAUGCCACAAAAACACUCAAAUUGGAACUCUUGCUGUCACUACCGGGUCGGCUACCAUCGCAAUACGUAGGAUCGGUUGAGCUCUACAGAACAAAGGAAGAGACCACACGUAAUGUGAACUCUAACCAACUUGUUCAGUACAAAGUUCGUUUUCCGCUGCAAGAUGUUUUGCCAAAACUUGAUCAAAUAUCUGUUAAUGGACAAGUUCGUUGCACCGAACCGCCAGAGUCCGCACCAUUAGUGACCCAAAUUCGGCUUUACUGUACAUUGUUUCUGGAAUCACCACAACAUCAGCUGGGACACGCAGAACCGCAACAGCUGAAUAUCACUGGACUACAUUAUGUGGAUGCACCACAAAGACCUGUCAAUUCACUGACUGCUGAGGAAAUAUGUGGUACGAGUAAAUACGAUUCGGAGCUUUCUCUCGGAAAUGAAACCAGUAUCAGCCAAAAGUGGCCAUGGCUGGUACCAAUUUAUGUAUAUAAGGCCGUUACCGGCCCUUCGUUUCAAUGCGGAGGAACUUUGGUAUCAGCACGAAUUGUUGUUACAACAGCUUCCUGUUUCUUAACUACGAACGGAACCGUAACAGCCAAUGACGUGCUCAUAGGAUUAGGUCGUCACAACAUUAUAAACUGGAUGGAAUCUGGAGCACAGUUGGCUACAGUGAAGGAUUUAGUUAUCCACAGUGACUUCAUGCUAAUAGAAGGAAGUAAAGACGCUGACAUAGCAAUUGCUGUGUUGCAGGAUAGAGUUGAGUUCACCGACAAUAUUCGUCCAAUUUGUUUAUGGGAAGGAGAUCAAAGUUUGGAAGGAGUUGUCGGUCAAGUGGGUACUGUAGCUGGUUGGGGUGGUAAGGGUGUCAAUGGUGUCAAUUCUGUCAUGUUGUUAACACCUGAGCCGAAAUCCAUUAAAAUGCCAAUUGUUUCGGAUGUAGACUGUUUACGAUCGAGUGAGUCUUAUCGCUACAUUACGUCACAGCGAACAUUUUGUGCUGGGAGUCGAGACGGACUGGGGCCAUGCAAGAGAGAUGAAGGCAGUGGAAUGAUGCUCAAAGUCAACAAUAAAUGGAUGUUACGCGGUAUAGUUUCGUUCGUUUUAAGUGAUCCGAAUUACACAUGUAAUGUAAACGAGUUCGUCGUAUUCACCGAUGCUGCAAAAUUCGUCAGUUGGAUAAUAUCAUUCCUGUAGCAGAAUUAACCUAUGAAAAAUUUGAUUUUUGUUCAGUUAAUGCCUCAGGCUUAAAAACGACGAAAUAAUCAAUGUGAUCAUAA